AUGAUACUUCUAGUUAAUUGGAUUUUAAUCUUUGUUCAUGUAUGUUGUAGAACAACAGUUGGUACAUCAACAUGUUCAUUUGUUUGGCAUGGGAUAACAUUAGUAGCUCUUAGUGUAGUAAUUGCAUUUGAUAUUCUAUUUAUUCUUAAUCCAUAUAUAUGUCUUUCAACAUCAACAUGUUCAACACAAUCACAAUUAACAUCAAUCAAUUAUAUUAUACAAAAGAUACCACAAUUUUCAAGCUAUACAAUUUAUGAUUCAAAAAAAUUCUUGUUUGAAAUUCAAAUUGGUUGUGCUGGUCUAGCUUUUGCUUUAACCAUCAUUUAUAUUGUUAUUUUUAUUGUAUGUAGAAUAAAAUAUACUAAACGUGAUAUUACAGUUUAUCCAACAAUGGAUAUUCAUACUCCAAAACAUGGUCUACGAGUUGCUCAAGCACCACCAAUACCAUAUGGAAAUCAAUCAUAUAUUGUUCCUUAUUCAACUAAGUGA